AAAAAAUUUGAAAACAGUCGAUCUUUAAAUCGUACGCUGUCGAAUAAAUCUUAAUUCACCAAAGAUACGCAAAUGAUAAAAUUGUAGCACUGCUUCUUAUUGAUUUAAAAAUCAAGUUAUCCACAAGAGAUACCUAAUGUAAAAACAGAUUCUCAAUCAUUUUGGAUGACGGCAUUUAUUAUAAGACACUUGCUUUUCUACUCAUGUUAAUGCAAUGAAUAGAUGCUCAGAUAUGGAUGCCAAAUAAACAUUGUUUGAUCAAUAACAAAACUCCUUGGAUACGAUUUGAAAUAUUGCAAAGUGACUAUCAACCUACAGUAGUUACAGAUAUCUUUUGGUUUUCCUCUUUCCCUACUCUUGAAUUGUGUGAGACUCAGUCACUCGUAUUAAAUCUUUUGUUAAAGAAACAUGAGCUUGUAUCUAUACAUUCGGCCAAAAGUUAAUGGAUGUUUAUUCUUCAGUCAGAUAAUCUGUCGAUGACAUAAGUGUCAAAAGUUUCUGUCAAUGACGUUUCAACUUGACAACCACUCGUGCCUUUAACCAAACAUGUAUCCAAAUUUAUUCAAAAAAUUUGAACCAAUAGAAAAAUACAAUGAUCAGUCUAAGGGCGACAAUACCUCAUCAUCAACAUCUCUGUCGAGUAAUCCCUCAACAACCACCAGCGAAGGUUCAUUCUUCCCACAAGAAUCUACUCAAGAGAAUAAGACUUCGACUGCCACUAGAGUUCCUAAUUGUAGUUCAAAUCUUAAGAUACCAUCUCCACGGUGUUCAUCAUUACAAUACCCAUCGAAUCCGAGAAGUGUGGAUUCAUCACCUUUGAAGUCCUCUGGUAUGUACGUUAAACGACUUCCUGAGAGACUUCAACGCCUGCAAGAUGAAAAAAAGUGUCCAGAAUUGUCUGUGCAGACAUUUUUCGAUUUUAUGCGCACUGCCUAUCAAGUUAAUGAUAGUUUUGAAGAGCUUGCAACUACCUUGUCCACCAAGAGUGAAAUCGAUUGGACCAAAUUAGCAAAAACAGACCUAAUUUCACAAACACUUAUCUCAGAUGAAGAAAAUGUAACCGCAGAGGUAGAUAGAGAAAUUGCUGCUUUAAAUAUAACAGGGGAAAAAUCCACAGCAACUGAAGAGAUUAAAUUUAUAGAAUUCAAGAAUCCAGAUAAUGAUAUCGGAACAACAAUCAUCGAAACAAGUAAAAUCGCAAAUGCUGAGAACGAGCAUCGAGAAUCCCCAUGUAAUAUCGCAUCUAACGCGAAAUACCGCAGGCAUAGUUUGAGGAAACAUAAUUUGCAAAAGGCAGGAAUACAGUUGCUUUCAACAAACGAAGAACCACCACUAUCUACUAUCCACUAUCCAGACAAACAUCGAUUGCAUAUUCAGAAAAAUGACGCUAAAAAGAAUGAAGCAUCCAAUGAUCAACAGAAUCAACCUUUGUUGUCAACCACAAAAAAAAACAAAAUUCUCAUGGCAGAAACAUUCACAGAACAAAAAGAACAAUUGCUUGCAAAGAUCAUGAAGAGAAAACUAGGUGAUAUCCUCCAUGAGGGGAUUCUAGAUUCAGUGUUGCCUUAUAUGCUUCCUAAACCAGUUUUUUCACAACCUGUAAUAAAGAAAUCCAUCACAAAUAUGGAAAUAAAAAAAACAGCUGCAUCAGCGAUCAAUAUCGACAGCCGAAUAACAUCCACGAUUAUUAAAGACAAAGACAAAGAAAAAAACAAAUAUCGCAGAAGGUCCUUUGACAAUGAGGUUGAAAUCCAUGUUUGUGAUGAAGCUAAGAAUAUAAAAAAGGACUUUCGAUGUCCGCAAAAAUUACUGGUCCAGAAAAUGUGCUACUUCGCAGAUGUGACUGCUGGUCAAAAGCUCGAAGAGAUGGACAUUUCAGUUCAUUGUGAUAUUGUUAUUUUCGACUGGCUCAUGCGUUGGGUCAAAAAAGACAUAAUAAAGAAGUCUGAGUGGCCUGUUUUUGAAGCCAAUAAUGUAAUCCCAAUAAUGGUAUCUGCAUCAUUUCUCCAGAUGGAACCACUCCUCGAAGAUUGUCUUAUUUACUGUCAUAAUAACUUGUCUGAAGUACUCAAAACUUCAGCAAUCUUAACAUGCUUAAACGACAAUCUCUUGACAAGAUUGGCGACAUUAUUCACAAACGUGGAUGUUGAGUUAUUAAAAGAUAAAAAGGAUAAGAUUCAGAGCCGACUAUUUUGUAAACUGAUAGUGUCACUCGCUGAUAGCACGCCUGAUGAAAAACGUGGACACUACAGUUCUCUAGCAACCUUAUUUAAAUGUGGAAAAUGCGGAAAAAAUGUGGUCAGGUCAAUAUCUGAUUCUAUACCUUGUGUUCCAAGUGCCAUGAGAAUUGACACAAAGGGGAACAUCCACAGCAUGCAUACCAGAGAUAUAUCAUGGACAUUAAAUGAUUACAUCAUUGCACUUCGAACAGAACUUCGAUCUUGGAGAAGAGUCUAUUGGAGACUCUGGGGAGACUGUCACUUCCUUAUGUGUAGACAGUGUGGAAUUUAUUUUCCGAUUCAUCAAAUGGACUGGUGCUGCUAUCAUCCAGAAAUUCCACAAUUCUUUGCCAAUGAGCAGCAAAGAUCCUCCCCAUUUCCACUUGGCAGAUAUCCAUGCUGUAGUCAACGAGCAUAUAGGUUCGAGACACUUCCCAGUCAGGAGGGUUGUCGAUUUAAGGAACAUAUUCCAGCUGUAGUAACUGAUUUAGAUGAAACUACUCUAAAUAUCUUCACAGCGCAUCGAGAUAUAAUUGCACUGGAACCACCGCAGCUCUUUUUCCCAGAAAAAAUAACCAGAUUGGUUGCCAGGGACCCAAACUUGGAACCUGGAAAACUUGCCUGUAAGGAGACUAUGUGGUGGGAUGGUGUGGAGCUUGUACCGCCAAGAUCCAAGCUAGGUCUUCUUGGAAAGAUUUGGGGUGGUUCAGGAGUACGCCAAGUAUGCCAGACAACAGAUUCAAUAAAAUCAUCACGUAAGAUGCGACGGCAGGCUUCACAAAUGACAGAUACUUCGUCUCCUGGUUCUUCACUUGCAGGUAGUGAUGAUGACGAUGGUGCCACAGCCUGUGGUGAGAGCAGUGCUGAUGAUGAUACUGAUAACAGUGAAGAAUCACAUGCGUGGCCACCACUCAGGCAGGUCAGAAAAUUUAAACGGAAGACGAGGUAUUAUGCUGCAAAAAGAAGCGAUGGUGGAAGAUCUUGGAGUGCAAAUUUGACAGUUAGAUACAACCAAGAUAAUCAGAGGGACUUUGAAGAACGAGCAGCGCUUCAAAUGGCAGCUUUACUGACAAAACGUACAGCAGCAGAAUGUAGUAUGCUCCCUCGGACCCAUAAUCACAAUAGGCAGCAUGCUCAUGGUUUCAACCUUGCUCAACCAAUAGGAGGAACCUAUGUGAGAUUAGAGGCGGAAUUUCGUGAACAAUUAGCUCAAACAUAUAAAUGCAAGGGCUCAUCACAGGUAAAAGGAUCGGCUCGUGUUAAGUCCUCCAAAAUACCGCAGUGAAUUCAUGCAUAAGGUUCACCGCUAUACAUUGCUCACGUAUUUUAUCAAAGUGACCAGUACAUCAUAUAGAGUAUUCUAUAAAUAAGUUGUCACUUUUAUAUUCACACUUAUUGAACUGCUCACCUCCCUCUCACAAUGCAAACUUUAUGCUCUCUGACAGGUGUUAGAGUAGUAUUAGAUCAUUAGAAUAAAAAUUAUAGACAUUGUAUUGCAUUGUAGAUGUUCAGAGAUUAGUUGACCAAAUUAGCCCCAUCUAAUUUUAUAUUACCUAGUUCAACCAAAACAUUUUAAAGGGAAUAAAAGAAAACUUACAAACUUGGACAGAAUUUGAACGCUGUAAGCUUGUUGAAUCAUAAUCAGUCACAAAAUCUGACCACUUUCUACACAGAACUGAUUAAUUAAAUACAAUCUUCAGUCAACAAAUAGAUGAAGGAUACGGAUCGUAGGAUUGAAGAAAAUUUUGGAACAAAUCUGCAUAUUUUUGUGAGUUUGGUAGUAAUUAAAACCAAGUACCCGCCAGUCGAGUAUCCCUGGUUCCAAUCGCAACCAUUUUAAUUUACAAUUUAUUGCAGCUAAAGACAAUAGUUACACAACAGCGUAAUUUUCAUGUAUGGAUCGUAAAUUUCUUACCACUUCACGGGUUCCUGGUGUGAAUAUCUUUAUACAAUUUAUCAUUGAGCUUAGAAAGUACUAGACACGUGGGCUUCCGGUGGGCUAAAUUUUUUCCAUAAUCUUAAAUAAUAUUUCGAUUCUUAUAGUUAAUUUUUCAAAAACUACUACCGAUCGAUCGCAACCAGCCAUGCCCAUGGGUCUCAUAUGGGAAGUAGUCAAAAGUCAACUAAUAAAGACAUGCAGUCUUGUGGAUGCUAGAAGGCAGCCAAACAUAAGACAUUCUGGAUUA